AGCAUCCCUGAGUAUCAGAGAGAUUCACUCAGAAUACAUUCAAAGAACCAUCCAGAAAUGGGGACCUGGAUUUUGUUUGCCUGCCUCUUGGGAGCAGCUUUUGCUAUGCCCCUACCACCUCAUCCUGGGCACCCUGGUUAUAUCAACUUCAGCUAUGAGAAGUCACAUUCUCAGGCUAUCAAUACUGACAGGACUGCAUUAGUGCUUACCCCUUUGAAGUGGUAUCAAAGCAUGAUAAGGCAGCCGUAUCCUUCCUAUGGUUACGAACCCAUGGGUGGAUGGCUGCACCACCAAAUCAUCCCCGUGCUGUCUCAACAGCAUCCCCCAAGUCACACCCUUCAGCCUCAUCACCACCUCCCCGCGGUGCCAGCUCAACAGCCCGUGGUCCCCCAGCAGCCAAUGAUGCCAGUUCCUGGCCACCACUCCAUGACUCCAACCCAACACCACCAGCCAAACCUCCCUCCAUCCGCCCAGCAGCCCUUCCAGCAGCCCUACCAGCCCCAGCCCGUUCAGCCCCAGGCUCACCAGCCCAUCCAGUCCCAGCAGCCUCUGCACCCCAUGCAGCCCCUGGCGCCACAGCCACCUCUGCCUCCGAUGUUCCCCAUGCAGCCCCUGCCCCCCAUUCUUCCUGAUCUGCCUCUGGAAGCUUGGCCAGCUACAGACAAGACCAAGCGGGAAGAAGUGGAUUAAAAAAUCGGAAAAAGAGAGCUGAAGUGGAUACUUCAGUUGCUUUUAGGAAUAACACAAGAACACAAUGAUUUGUGCCUACAAUUGCUUUACUCAGCCAUUUCUGUAACUAAAAAUAACUAUCUUUAGCAGACAAUAAAAUG